AUGACUGUUUACUCUGCUCUUCUCUUGGCCGCGGCUGGGCUCGCCGCCGCCGAUAAGCUGGCGGCCAUGAAUCUCGCUGAAGCCAUUGGUCGAGGUGUCACCGUCGCCGCUCCUGGUUCAUCUACCUCAACCUUUGGUGUUCACUCCCUUUCCGAUGGCUGCGGCAUUGGAAUGACUACCUGUGAUUCCAACUGUAUGCCCCUGACCGGCAUCUGCUGCGGCCUCGGUUUGGGACAAUAUUGCGACAUAGGCUACGCGUGUGAAUCUGAUGGCUGCUGUCCUGUUGGCAAGGUCUGUACUGGACCUCCCACGGGCUGUGAGGGAGAUCGUGAUCUUUGCGGCGAGUUUUGUGUGCCCAAGGGUACUUGCUCAAGCGGUGGUGGAGGAGGCAGCGGAGGUGGUGACGGCGGCUGUCCGACCGGAUACGAAGCCUGCGACGACGAGUGUAUGCCAACUGGUUCAGUAUGUUGUCACAAUGGCUAUCAUUGUGAUGCUGGACAGACGUGUACGGCCGACUUCAAAUGCCGGAUCGGUGGAGGAGGAGGAGGCGGCAGCGGAGGAGGCAGUGGCGGCGAUGACCAGACCUCUUCCAGAGGAGGAUCGAGCGGUUCUCAAACCUCUUACAGUCUCUCACCCAACCCUGAACCCACUGCUACAUCUUCAACCGAGUCGAACCCCUUUGGCGGCGAUGAUGCUACGACUACAACUGAAGACAGCUUUCCUGAGCCUACUCAGCCUCCUGCCACUACCUCUAGCAGCAGCAGCAGCAGCGGUAAUGGUGGUAGCAACGGUGGCAACGGCGGCUCCAACGGCGGCUCCAACGGCGGCAACAAUGGUGGCAGCGGAGGCAGCAAUGGCGGCUCCAACGGCGGUAGCAGUGGCAGCAGCAAUGGAGACGACGGAGACAGCAGUGGCAGCAGCAAUGGAGACGACGGAGACAGCAGUGGCUCAAUCAACGCUCCCAGCAUCCUCGUCGGCCUCCUUGCCCUCAUCCCCUUUGUUCUAUAA